AGACUAUACAAAAAGAAUGAACGAAAACAGCUUUUUUGGUGAUUUAACUUGAUGGACCAUGUAAAAUCAUAGACAAAUCGCAGAAAAAAAAAAAAAAAAAAUUGGCAGCUGUGACGUUUUACUUACUGACAUUGACAUUUGGCACGAAAAUUUAAUAAAGUUUUCGGUUUUUUCGAUCAACUCCCAAGUUUUAUCAAACUUUUAUAAAACUUGGGAUUGUAUGUUCUGGAUUCUGUACCUCUUACCCUGUACUCUGCAAUAAGCUCUUACGACGACCCGGCUAGUUACAUCGGAUACUAAUUAUGUCCAUGACGAAGGAGAACAGACCGCCUAAAAGGCAACGAUCAGAAAACUGGUUGGAGGAAGAUAAGUAUUUGCUGAAAGAGUUGGUGAAAGAAAGAGUAAAUGCAAUCGAAAAUAAAAAUACAGACACUAACACGAAUAAACGGAAGGUUGCGGCUUGGGCUGAUUUACAAACAACGUUUAAUUCAAUGUGCGCUGGUAUGAACCGCUCCAUUACCCAGUUAAAAUCGCAAUGGAGCCUCAUAAAAAUCAGUGCGAAGAAAGACAAGACCAUUGCUAGGCAGGCUCAAAUUAAAACUGGCGGUGGUCCACCAUUAUCAGUGCCUGACGAUAGGGCUGAUGAUAUAGCAUCUUGGUUGCCCAAUGAAUUUGUAGUCGAUGUUAACAGAUUUGACUCGGACUCAAAUAAAAGUGAAUUAAUUAACAUUCAAGAGGAGGAAUCAACUCAAAAUACGCAAGAUCAGGAAUUGAUAAAUAAUGAAGAAAUCCAAUAUGAAUUGGUGGUACUUGAUGAAGAAAUAGAAGAUACACAUGCUUGUACUACUAGAGGCAUAUUGGAAGAUAAAGAAAAUAAAAAAGUAGAGGCAAAAGAAAAUAAAGCAAAACCUAAUUUUAAAGCACCAGCAAUCAAAAAAAAAGGAAACUGUUAAACAAAGAAGGCUUAAUUGAUUUAAGCAAAGUUAGGAUUUCCGAAAUUGCAGAAACAGAAUCAAAAUGCCGGAUUGAACUGCAUGAAGUUCAAAUGGAAAACGAACGGAAGAAAGGGAGAAACUUGGAUCUUGAGCAUCAAUUAUUACAGGAAAAACUUAAAUAUUACACUCACAUUAAUAAAGAAUAAUAAGUCUUUUGAUGUUAAAGUUUUUCAAGUACUAACAGAUUCUAAAUAAUAAGUUAGUUCCUCCCUUACUUCUGUUUGUUUUUAAUUUGUAUUUUAUGCAGUUCCAAUCCGCAUUUUGAUUGUGUUUCUGCAAUAUAUUUAGACGGCUAUGAAUAUGUUUACUAGUCAUAACUUAAUAAGAGUUUGAGAUUACUAUUAACUAGCUGUUGCCCACGACUCCGCCUGCGUAGACUACUAUUUCUGUAACCUACAGGAUCUGUGCAUUUUUCCAGGAUAAAAAGAAGCCUAUAUGUUAUUCGAGA